AUGAAGUCGCUUAUGAUGGAACGAUUCUUGCCCACAGAUUAUGAGCAGAUUCUCUAUCGUAUGUACCUGGGCUGUGCGCAAGGCACCCGUUCGGUUUCUGAAUAUACCGAAGAAUUCAUGCGUCUGGCAGAGCGAAACCAUUUGACCGAGACUGACAAUCAAAAGGUCGCGAGGUACAACAAUGGGCUGAAGAUUUUCAUCCAGGAAAAAAUUGGUAUGCAGAAUAUAUGGACUUUGCAGGAGGCGAUUAACAUGGCAUUGAAGGCUGAACUAUUGGAGAAGGAGAAACGCCAACCCAACUUCCGCAGGAACACGACGGAAGCCUCUGAAUAUACUGCUGGUGCUUCUAGUGGCUCAGGAGAUAAGGGGAAAGCACAGCAGCAGAAUCUUGGAGGAUCGACAAAACCAGCAACAGUUGGCCAAAACAAAAACUUCAACGAAGGCAGCAGCCGGAAUUACAACAGAGGGCAGCCCCGAAACCAGUCCUUGAAUCCGUAUGCUAAGCCCAUGACGGACAUAUGUUACCGUUGCCAAAAACCAGGGCAUCAUUCUAAUGUUUGUCCAGAGCGGAAGCAGGCUAACUUUAUCGAAGAAGCCGAUGAAGAUGAGGAAAACGAUGAAGUCGGGGAAGAUGAUUAUGCAGGGGCUGAAUUUGCAGUUGAGGAAGGAAUGGAGAAGAUUACCUUGGUUUUGCAGAGAGUUCUUUUGGCACCAAAGGAGGAAGGGCAGCGUCAUAGUAUUUUUCGUUCCCUCUGCUCAAUCAAAAACAAGGUAUGUGAUGUGAUCGUAGACAAUGGAAGUUGCGAGAAUUUCGUGUCAAAGAAAUUGGUGGAGUAUUUGCAGCUAUCUACGGAGCCACAUGUCAGCCCUUACUCACUAGGUUGGGUUAAAAAAGGCCCUUCGGUUCGUGUAGCUGAGACUUGCCGAGUGCCACUGUCUAUUGGUAAGCAUUACAGAGAUGAUGUAUUAUGUGAUGUUAUUGACAUGGAUGCAUGCCAUAUUUUGUUAGGGCGACCUUGGCAAUUUGAUGUGGAUGCGACUUUCAAGGGACGAGAUAAUGUAAUUCUGUUUUCUUGGAACAACCGGAAAAUUGCAAUGGCAACUACACAGCCCUCAAAACAAUCUGUUGAGGCCAAGACGAGGAGUUCUAGUUUCCUAACCCUAAUUAGCAACGAGCAGGAGUUGAACGAGGCUGUCAAAGAAGCGGAGUGUUUUUGUCCCUUGGUGUUGAAGGGGUUGUUGAAAAUUGGCAGAGGAGAAGGUGACAUUCCUCAAGAUGUGCAGAAGAUUUUGGAUCAAUUUCAGGAAUUACUUUCUGAAAAUCUGCCAAACGAGCUGCCACCUAUGCGAGACAUACAGCACCAAAUUGACUUGGUGCCUGGAGCUAGAUUCCACCAAAUUGACCUGGUGCCUGGAGCUAGAGAUUUAUCCGGGAGAGUUUGA